GUCUUUAUGCAACUUGGUGUUAAAAAUAAAUCCGCGUAGUUCAAGAACAUCUCGAUCCAAUAACGCGAAUAACUAUAUUUGCAUUUGCAGGCAUGUCGUGACUUUGGCAAUACAAGUUUCGAGAUCUGUCUGGUGUUUUGUGGGCUGGCGGUUAUAGAGCGUCUUUUCUCUGCUAACUGGGGAUUCGACCAAUGACUCAUCAGCUGGUCUGGGAUAAAUUUACCCAGGGAAUCUAUAUAUAUGUAUAAACAACCGUAACUCCGAAGAAACGCCUGCGUGGGAAUCCUGCUCUAUAAUAGUUCUCCACUAAAAAGUUCGUCGGUUUUCAUAGUUAAAAAUGGCAGUGCCAUUAGCUGCUUUACAACUGAGCUCACCACCAAGCCUGGAGAAAAACAUUCAUAUCAACGACAGAGAUUUAGAAAAAAUUUCACACGACUCUGAAAAUGACAUCCUGCCAUUACAUUCACCCUGGACUUUCUGGCUUGAUAGAUCUCUACCAGGUACAACAGCAGCUGAGUGUGAGUCAAACCUGAAGAAAAUCUACACAGUGGAGACUGUUCAGAACUUUUGGCGAGUUUACAACAACAUCCCGAGUGUUUCCAGCUUGCCUUUGAGAUGUAGCUAUCAUAUGAUGAGGGGAGAAAGGAAGCCACUCUGGGAAGAAGAAAGCAAUGCUAAAGGCGGGGUUUGGAAAAUGAAAGUACCCAAAGAGUGUACUUCUUCUGUGUGGAAGGAGUUACUAUUGGCCACAAUUGGAGAACAGUUCAGCGAUUAUUGUGCUUCAGGAGACGAGGUAGUUGGGGUCAGCAUCAGCGUACGGGACAGAGAAGACAUUGUUCAGGUCUGGAAUGGGAACGCUUCCUGUGCCGACGAGUCAAACAUCUUGGGAAAGAUCUACGAGCUCCUCCCUCAGACACCUUUUAAAGCCGUCUUUUACAAACCACACAAGGAGCACCACGCUUUCGAAGGAGGUCGAACAAGACACUAAGUAUUUUUGCACAUUAGAUGUUUUCAGUUGUGCAACAAUCUUUUCUGCUGAUAAAGUUAUUACAGACUACUCAGGUAGACUACAAAUUGCUAUAGUUCCUCUUAAGUACCUCAAUUUAGCCCAAGUGUUUUUAAUCAGUAGAAAUUCAUUUCAUCUGAGCAUCACUGACAUUUGCAAAAAAAAAAAAACAGUUAUACGGAGUAGUUUAGUUUUAUGGUAUCUUUGAAUGUAUUUCUGUUUUUAUUGCACUGUAAAGUUUUAUAAACGCAAAAUAGAUCUGUCAGCUCUCUGACAUCCAAUGUGCCGUUAACCUAGCAUAGAUCUUUUUGAUGUAAUUAAUGACAGGUACUGCUGGUUUGUAUUAAAUAAAUGAUCUAAGAUGAUACAGCGACAUAAUACAUAGGUGAUAUGUUCUACAAAAUGUCUUUUUGAGUUAUAUUUAGAAAAAUGUUACAUGCACUACAGAUGGAAAUCCUUUGUACCAUAGAGCAUUUCAUCUUCCUCGUGUUGGAUUUUUGUGCGAAGGAACACACCAUUCUUAGAAUACGUAGCAAAACUCUAAACAUGCUGUGUAAUGUUUACCUAAACUUUACACGCAGUAAUCUCCAUGCACAAAACACCUUGAUUACAUUCUGGGAAAUAUAUGCAAUUACGUUUAACUAGUAGAAUGUUCUUUGUUGUGKUUGCCAUUUUUGCUCUAAAUUAAGCACCUUGUUUCAUUUUUUUUAUCUGUGUGGAAGGCAUCUGAUAAUCUGAUAAUUAUGUGACAUUGUGAUACUGGAGACCAAAUCCACUUCGGUUUUGUGUCACAUUUUGAUGAAAUGAGAAGUUUCUCUGCUUGUUUAGCUUUUUUCCUAAUAGAUGAAAAUGUUGUCAAAGGGGUUCUCUGUUUUUAAUUGACUUCUGUUCAGAUUAAAAUUCUAACUGGUCCUUGGAGAAAAAAAACGGAGAAACUUGAUCAGAUAACUGUCACAGGAGUUGUUUAUAUCUUAUGUUGCUGGCCUUAGGUGUAUAAAGUAAAAUGAAAAGAUCAAAGAUUGUUGGUUGCUUCAACACAAAAUCUCCUGCAGUUUCUCUGAUAUCCAUAUGUGGGUUUCAUUCCAAGUAGUAUGACUAAGACUGCAUCCAGUACAGCAAAUGUAAUUUGUUUCUGCAGAGCCGCUUAGGACCCAAGACUAAGGCAGUGCCGUUUUCACUUCUCGUAUUAAAAAACGUAUCAACAAGAAAAAUCAUUUUAAUAUAGCACACUUAAUCAAACUUAACUUCAUUUUGUCUUUGUUAGUAAUUCCUAUGCUCAUUCAAAUGUACAAUGUUGUAAAGAAUAACAAUGUUCUUGUCCUGCACAUAUAUACUGCUGACAGACGACUUCAGAACAAAGAUCUUGUAACUGAUUGUUGAUCUCAAAUUGUGCCUUGUUUAUUGAUUGUUUAUGAUGUUAAAGUUCUCGCUGUUUGUGGUUUAAUUGUGCACAUAUUCAUGUUUCACUGUUAGAUUUCCAUGUGUUUGAAAUGGAAACAAUAAAGAUUUCUGAACUUUUAA